AUCACAAAUACCCUUUACACAAGAGGAUCUCAUUUCAACCUUGUUUGAAAAGUGUUUGCAAGUUGUGAUGUAUUAUGGAAAUGCUUACAUUUGGAUUCACAUAAAAUAUAGCAGGACAUUUUCAAGGAGGGAAAUCACAUCAUCUUGACAAAAGUUAGUUAAUCACAAUCCUUAAGAUUUCAGUCCUGGUCUAUUUAGAAUUUCCAUUUGAGGAAAAGCAAUUUAAUUGUGCUUAAAGUUUAGUUUACGAGGCCUCUGUGGUAUCCUAUUUGUUAAAUGUUAUUUGACUGAUUUAAUCGCAAAGUGUUUGUUAUUAGAUUGAUAUUAACCUAAUCCUCGCAGGACAGAAAAGUGGAGUAAUGGCUUGGUAAUAGUGUUUUGGGGGGAAAUUUGUUAACGUAAUUUCUUCAUAAAUUCUUCUUUUUUUAAAUCUGCAUUGGAGCUUGAUCUAUUUUGUGUUUGUCUUUAAAUAGUACCCUACAUUAUUCCAAAAAUAUGCCAGAAAUUGUCCCCAUUUUGUAGAGGAGGUGUAGUCGAGCUCGUGUGGGCUCAGGGUGCUCUGGGAUCUACUUGUCAUCCUGCGUAGCUGUGACGUUUUUUCUAUGGCAAAAUCGCGCGGCGUGUGUUCAGCUGCGCUGACAGACUAAAAGUUGAUCGGAAAAUUGUCUCAGAUACAGACGAGGAGAAAAUAAACAAAAUACAAGAGAUCUACAGGAGAAGCAAUAGCUUCUGUCCCUCAAAAUGAGUGACGACACAGACUCCCCUCCUGAGAGGGAAAUGAAGGAUUUUCAGUUUCGUCAGAUGAAGAAAACGAGAGUCUUUGACCCUGCUGAAGAUUUGCCGAGAGAAAGAAGCAGUCUGCUCACCAUCUCGAACAAAUUUGGUUUAACUUUCGUCGGGCUCGACAGAACAUUCAAAGUUUACCAAACACGAGACAUCCUGUCUGCUGAUACGUUUGACGGCAACGCCAACGAAAUAAUCGAGGGGAGAGCUGCGUUGGCGGAGGUGACUGUGGAACUGGCUCUGCACCACUUGGCUCUCAGCUGUGAUGAACUCACUUUGUCAGUGUGUGGCAUGUCUGAGGGGGCGGGCUUGUCCCUCACGUUCUAUGACGUCCGCACCUUCGUGAACAAGGCGAGACCACAGAAGCUGCCAUUUGCAUCCUUACUGCCAGCAGUACCCCCCGGCACUGUAGUGCAAGACCUGAAGUGGAAUCCUGGACAGGUGUCCAUGUUGGCUGCCUCUCUGUCUGACGGCCGUUUGAUGAUUUUGGAUGUUACCGACGGUGUCAGAGUGCAGGCUGAGCUACCAGCUUCAAGCGGCAUCACAUGUAUUUGCUGGAGUCCAAAAGGAAAACAAGUCGCUGCAGGAAAAAUGAAUUCCACAGUCAGUCAGUAUACACCAGCACUGGAAGAGAAAAAAUGUAUCCCAUGUCCACACUUCUACACCUCUGACCAACCUGUCAAAGUUCUGGAUGUGCUGUGGCUGAGAACCUUUGUGUUUGCGGUGGUUUACGCUGCUGCAGAUGGGUCCCUGGAGACCCCUCCCGAGCUAGUGUUGAUCUCCCUUCCUAAGAAGGAUGAGAAGAUAGAGACAAAGUAUCUGAACUUUAGUGACACGGUGUACGGCAGCUGCACUGAGCGACAGCACCACUACUUUCUGAGCCAUGUGGAGGACUGGGACCUUGUGUUUGCGGCAUCAGCGGCUUCCAUUGAAGUCAGCGUCAUAGCCGCCAGACCAGAGGACAAGAACUGGGAGCUCUGGAUCCUGGAAGACGCGAGUCGGGCUGAGCUUCCAGUGACCGAGACGAAUGAAGACACUCUGCCCCUCGGCUUAGCCAUAGACCUCACCAGCCAGCAGGAGAUCCACAUCACUGAUGAGAAGACCUUGCAUCCAGCGCCCACGAUGCUGAUGCUGUCCACGGAGGGAUUGCUCUGCCCAUUUGCUCUGCUCAACCUCAAUCCUGGGGUUAAGCAACUGGUCUCAGCUCCCACUGUCCUCGCCUUGGAGGGGGAGAGACUGCCCAAGCCAGGUUCUUUGGCAGCCCAACCACCCAGAAUUGCUGCCUCCAUCCCAUCUGCCCUCGCACCAUUCCCGAACCUCGGUCUUCAUUUAGCAGCUGCUUCCACCCCUCCAGCCCCCGCUGCAUCGUUCUCCGCUGCCCCGUUCAGCAUGGUUCCCGCUGCUCCCGCGACGUCCAUAGCACCGUCAUCGGGCUUCAGUUUCUCGGUCCCGACGACAUGCGCCACCUCUGCUCCUCCACCUUUCUCAAUGGGGGUGCCCGCACCUUUUGGGUCGGGGUCCCUUGGCUUUUCGUUUGCCUCCAAACCUGCCGCUGACGCUCUUUCAGCAUUUUCUUUCACCCCUUCCAUCAAACCAUCUGCGGUGGCAGCCCCAGUUCCAGUUCAAACACCCCAGAGCAUUGCUGCUGCCUCCCCAUCAGCAGUAAAACUGAAUUUAAAUGAGAGGUUUUCAGCACUGGAGACCCCAGCAGCGUCCCCGCAGUCUUUCUCCUUCAAUCCCCCGCUGCCCAAAACAGUUGCUCCCAGUUCCAGUAGUCUGACCGCCCCUCCGCUCUCAGUCGCUAAGCCACCAGCUGUAUUGACCCCAGUGCGUCCAGUUCAAACCAGCAUGCCGCCCGCAGUCGUCCAGAAACCUGCUAAUGCUGCCCAGGGCCGUGUCCAAACUCCACAGGCAGCUGUUAGUGUGAAGGCCCUGGAGAAGCAGCUGCAGCAAAAGAAAGACUCCGAUCCCAUUAUGGCCGGUAUAUUGGAGGAGAUUGCACACUUCCAGAAGGAGUUGGACGAUCUUAAGGCACGAAGCGCGAGAGCUGACUUCAAGGUUGGCACCAAUGAGGAGAUGAAGGAGUUAAGGAAGGAGUCAGAGGACCUCCAUAUAUUCACCCUGGAGAUUAAGGAAACAACAGAGUCUCUCCAUGGGGACAUUGGUACACUGAAGACCACCUUGCUGGAGGGCUUUGCUGGUGCAGAAGAAGCCAAGGCCCAGAGUGAGCUGAGCAGAGACAGAAACUACAGACAGCUGCUGUACAAAAAACCUCUGGACCCCCGCAGCGAGGAGCACCUCAAGGAGAUUCGCAGGCUCUACCAGUACGCCACGUUUGCUGUGGAAGACGUCAAUGACGUGUUGGAUGUGGAGUGGGAGAAACACCUUGAGAAGAAGAAAAAGCAGAAACACAUGGCCGUGCCGGGGCGUGAGGGUCUGUUCACCACGCUGGCCAACAACCUGUACAUCAUCAACCAACAGAAGAACAGAUUGGACCAGUUGAUUAAGCAACUCGCCUCACUGCGCCUCUACAACAAGACUACCACUCCAACUAUAAACCGCAGCGCCGCCACCGAAACAACUGCUGGUUUGGAAAGCGAGCUUGAGAGUUUAAGGGAUGCACUCCUGAAAGCCAGGCUGGACACCACCCCGCCUAAAACCAAAUCCGAGUCUCCAGCAGUCAAGAUCUCACCAGUGAAACAGUCCCAGCUGCGUAACUUCCUCUCAAAGGGACAGAUGCCUCCUGUCCGCUCAACUGCACCAGCCAACCUGUCUCGCUCGGCCUUCCUUUCACCUAAAUACUACGAGGACUUGGACGAUGUGAGCUCUACGUCCUCCCUGUCCCAGUCCCUGGAGCCUCACCCAGCUGACUUGGAGCUGGAGGAGGAGGAGGAGGAGGAGCUACAGCCAGAACCGCUUCCGGUCAUCCUUCCAGCAUUGUCCAACCCCCGCCACCCCAUAGUUGUGAGGACCCCCUCUAUCGCGCCUGGCUUUGGGGCCAUCCAGUCAACUCCCAUAACAAAAAUCCACCCAGUACCCUUCGGACUGAGCCCUAUUGCCAGCCCUAUUCCAACCAAUAAGAUCAACCUCAGUGGGGCGGACAGCACUGCUCUCGCCACAAAGACGGUAAAACAUGGAGCCCCACCAUCUGAGAGGACCAUCCCUGUCACCAUCCCCGCCCAGCAGGCUGCAGCCACUGCUGCUCUACGCAGGCAGAUGGCCAAUCAGAAGACAGCUGUGGUCACUACGUUGACAGAGUCCACUUUGAAGACGGUUCCUCAGGUGGUCAAUGUCCAGGAGCUCAGAGACAAAGGGCCUCCUAUGCCGGUUUCCAACAUCAUCAGCUCAUCAAUACCAGAUCCAGCAGCUCCCGUCUUUGCAACAGUGUCUUCCAACCAGGCCAAACGAAUUGCCGACAGUUUUACAUGCGAAGGCGGACCAUUAACUACACGGAAUCCUUCCCAAGGUAUCCAGAAGAUGUCCAAUGAAAGCACAACCUCCCCACAAACAGGCUUUGUGUUUGGUCAAUCGUCUAAAACAGAUGCUUCAGUGGCUCCUGCUUUCUCAGCAGAGCAAACCACUAGCAAAAGCUUCUCCUUUGCACCAGGGUCUGCAGGCUUCAGUUUUGCUUCCGUUACUCAGGGAGCUGGAAUGUCACAAGUGAAGGAUGUGAAUAAGUUCUCCUUCGGUGGAAAUGGCAAGAUGAUGUUUGGGCAGGCGGGAGAAGAGCCAUUCGCCCUCACCCCAACAUCCACCUCCCCUGCUCAGGGCACAGGGUCUCCCACCCAGCCUCCAAAUGCAUCAGGGGACAAACCUGCCUUUGCCACAUCUGCCCUCAGGAUAGAGCCACAGCCCCUUAAGACAAUUGGAGGAGAGACUCUGGGCAGUUUCUCUGGACUGCGUGUGGGCCACGGAGAAGAAGCUAAAGAUUCAGCCGCCAAACCUGCUGCUGGCUCAUUUAGCUUUGGGGAAACGGGACUUGGUGUCGGCAAGGGAGCGGCGCAGUUUAGCUUUGCAUCAGGUCUCCAGAAGUCUGCAGAAGAUUCUACAGUAGCAGACUUGUCCAUGGGGGCAGCAGCGUCAGGCAGUUUGUUCAAGCCUCCUGAACCGAACCCCAAGCAGGCCUUCCCUGUUCCCCAGUCUAGCUCCAUUGCCUCAGCUUCACCUACGUCUUUCGGUAGUCUCCUUGCAGCUCCUUCAGACUCCUCAGAGGAACCAAAGUUUUCCCCGCAACCUUCGGAACCCACACCGCCCCCUGAAAAAGAACCUGCUGCUGGACCAGCUGGAGACAGCGGCAGUCCCUUUGUAGUACUCGAGCCUGCAGCAGACACCACUGCGACAGAAGCCACAUCAGUUCCAGCACCAACACCUCCUUUGGCCACAUUUAACCCGACCGCAAACCUUCCCUCCUCCAUCACUGCACCAACUGAAGCCACCGCUCCAGCACCAGCCAGUGCGGCUCCCGCAUUAGAAGCCACCCCAGACAGCACCGCCGCCGCCAUUGCUCCUGUGCCCACUUCAGCUGCGGCCACCCCUGCUGUAGCACCCGUCUCCCAGGUCGCUCCAACAGCAUUCCAGGUGCCCAGUUCUGACAAACCAGGUUCCAUUUUCACUCACCCUGCUCCUGCAAUGACAGACAGCAGUUCCCUUGGUAUUAUACCGGUUAUCACCACAGUUGCCGCUGCAGUUACCACCCCCACCCUUACUGUUGACAGUACAACAACUACAGCUGGAAGCAGUGUGUUUGGACAACCUGUAGCUCCUUCAGCCCCCGCGGUCCCAGCGGCCCCCUCAUCCCCAGCAGCACCAGCAUCCACCGGUUUUGGCUCAACUGCCUUCGGUACACCAACUGGAACUGGUUUUGGCAAAUCUGUGUUUGGCCAGGUGAGUGGCUUUGGUCAGCCUGCCAGCAACACCGAAACACCCAGCGGCUUUUCUUUCAGCCAGUCGGCCUUCGGAGCGAGUUCUAACUGUGCGACUGCUGGCGGAGGUGUGUUUGGUGGCGCUACUGCCACCAACGCCAGUUCCUUCUCCUUUGGCACAAGCAGUGCCAUCACAGCCAGCAGCACUGGCUCGGGGCUGUUCGGACAAACCACGGCACCGGCAUUUGGCCAGAGCUCAGGGUUUGGACAAGGGUCUGUGUUUGGGAGUAACACCACCACAUCCUCGUCUACAGGAUUCAGCUUUGGACAGCCGUCAGGUGAGUCUUUCGGCUGCUCCCCUGCCAACCCUGUGUUUGGCCAACAAGCUAGCAGCGGAAGUGUAUUUGGUCAGCAGCAGCAGCAGCCGUCAUCUGGUGGGACUCUGUUUGGCUUAAAUGCAGCCACCAACCCAGCGGGCUCAGCUGCCGGUGGAGGCUUCUUCACCGGCCUCGGAGGCAAACCGAGCGAAGACGCUGCCAACAAGAACCCAUUUGGCACCAACGUCCCCACCGGAGGGUUUGGGCAGCCCGCUCAGACAGGUGCACCCAGUCUGUUUGGGAGUAGCAGUGCCAAGACCUUUGGCUUUGGACAGUCGUCCUUCGGCGAGCAGAAACCUGGCGGGACCUUCACCACCGGUGCAGGGAGCGUCGCAUCCCAGGGAUUUGGCUCCUUCUCUAGUCCGACAAAAUCAGGUGGUUUUGGCAGUGCCCCGGUGUUUGGAAGCCCCCCUUCCUUCGGUAGCUCCCAAGCAUUUGGUGGUGGAGCAGCAUUCGGCUCGAGCCCUUCCUUCCCCAACAACAUGGUUCCUCAACAACAUGUUCCCUCGGCUGGUAAAGUGUUUGGAGAGGGAACUGCGGCAGCCAAUAUGGGAGGAUAUGGGUUUGCCUCCCCGCCCAGCGGCCCGUCCUUUGGCGCUCUAGCCACUCAGAGCGCUCCGUCGUUCGGGGGCCUCGCCCAACAACAGGGCCUCGCCCAACAACAACAACAGGGCCCCGGGUUUGGAAGUCAGCCCAGCAGCUUCUCAGGCUUCGGACAACAGUCACAGCAGGCGGGAGGAUUCUCUGGAAACACCUUUGGCUCUACAAACCAAUCAAGUCCACAAACAUUUGCCAGUUGGAGAAGCUAGUUUUAUUAAACGUCCACGUCACUGCUACAGUGCUUUCUGCAAUCAAGCACCUCGUGCCACAUAAUGUGUGAAGGGAAUAGGGCGGAGACUGUGUUGCAUUCGGGCUAAAUAAAGAAAAGUGAAUUAGAAGAUAUACAUGCAUUUUCUUUUCUAGAAAAGUUUUGUAUAUAUUGGAAACGUUUUUUCAACCAGUGUUCAGUUUGCAAUUUAUAUUUACUUAUAUAUGUUCAUUUGGGAACUUUAUGCCUGAUCUUAAUAUGUUCUUAGGACAAAGGAGAAUCAAGUUAUUAAACAGGUUUUUAAAAAUUCAUAGAAAACUUUUUGGUUUCUAGUUAAUUUUGUGUCCAGCAUUUGUAAGUUUUUGUUUUUGCACUUUUAAGCAUAUUAAAUGCACAAAAAACAUUUAAUCUCCUGAACAGUUCAGUCUUUCGUUGAAUGAUGGGUGUCCUCUGCAUGUCUAUACAAAUUAAAAUUCAGUCCAAUCGCAUAUGUCAGUACGGUUGUAAAUAAAUGUCAAAAAUGUUGCCUACAACCAAAAUUAAAUGAGCCCGACAUGCUAAACUGUAACACAAAGAAUUGUGGUCAAUGGUGAAAAAAGUUAUACAUUUCUUUUCAGAUGAUUUUUGCAGUAAAUCCCCCCCCAUUGAUAUAUUUUUUACAUGAAAGUGUGGUAAUAAAUAAAAUUUCUCAAAAUAUUUGUCUUUUCAAAAUUGUAUUUCUUAAUGCAUCAUGUUAAUCGCUCAUUGUUUAUGUUUAUUGUCUCGUAGUUAUGAAACGGAACACAAACCAACAUUAGUGUGUAAUGUAGUGUCUCUUUAUGUUCUUGGAAGCAGUAAAGUGUUAAAUGAUCUACAGCCUUCAGCGUGCUGCUUAGAUAAGUUAUGUUGCAAAGUGGAGAGAUGAUACUUUGAUUUUAUACAAUUUUAUUGAGUUUAAUGUUUACCAAAACGUCUUGACGUCCAUUGUAACAUAAUUUCACAGCAUCACAGAGCACGGCUGUGCUUAGUAUUUCCUUAAUACAGAGGAGAAUCACCUCUGAAGGAUCGUCAUACAAAAUUAAAUUCUGUUUAAGUCGAGGUGGCAUGAAGAAUAGCACGGCAGCGAGCGCGUGUACACGGUUCACUAAUUAAUGCUAAAUCCUUGAUAUGCAGCUCAUUCCUCCGUCUUCAGGGAGGAAUUCAUUGACUCGCAUGCGGAGCUAAAUUGGGCAGUGGGAGAAUGCUGAUGGGGAUCCGCGGCGCUGUAUCGAGAGACUCGAUGUUGUGGCAUUUGGUCCACCACCGACGGAAUUACAUUCCCGGCUUAUGGCUGUGGAGCAUGUCACCGUCACUCUGGCCAGCCUUAUCUUGGGUCUCUCACCGGACGGGUCGCUCUGAAGUGUGUCGGGAAUGUCACGGUCAUAAAAAAAGUGACCUGAACUCAUCCACAUGCUGAAAUGUUCGAAUCCUUCUUCCCCGAUGGUCUUUAAUAUAUAUAUAUAUAUAUACGGUAGACUUCCUGCAGAGAAUUGGCUACAAAUAAAUGUGUUUUGUGUUUCUGUCUGAAGACUCAUAAUAAGCGGCGUUAUCACAAAUGAUGUUUGAUCAGCGUCUGCUCUAUUUGAUGUCUCAGGUAAAGAGUUGCAGUUGAACACACGGGCAGAUUACAGAGGCACACGGGCAGUUACAGAGCCCAAAGUCUGUAAUGCUUUCAGCUAAACCGGAUGAGAUUACGAGAUUUUCAGCACCCAAUCCACAACUGGCCUCUAUGCAAGCAUUAAUGACAGAGUUGUUUUUAUUAUCAUUACCCCACAAAUGUAACAGAAAUACUCAAUAGUGAGAGUGACUUCUUUCUUUUGUGUCGCUGUUCCUGGUGAUGGAAAGUCUCACCGACACUCGGGAGGAUGGCAGCUGUCUUCAUGGAAUCCAGAUAAAAAUAGCUUAGUCAAAACCACUUCCCACCCCUCCCCCAACCACA